AUGGAUCCUCCUACCUUCGGCAAGAUUCGAUACUCCUCCCAGACCUCCUUUUUUGCCAUGAAUGAAGUUGCCAUUUUCGUUUAUGGUCGAGAGGGAAAACGAUUUCUCGCAUCGCAAGGGUUCAAUGCUUGUCAUGGAGUCUAUCUAGUCUCCACAAUAGCCACUGUAGCCGCACAUAUACCUCCAAAUCCUAGUCUUGAAUCGAAAGAUCCUCAAGCUGGUGACAAGAACCUAGUCCUGAAAAUGCAACAAUUCGCUCAAGCAUACCUGCAGAAUCGACAAUUUUUUCAAAACUAUAAAGUCGCACUCCUAUACGCGAGGUUUGAUGGUAAGGUUGCCUUACCGGACCAGAAAGCGUUCAUUGAACAGUGUUUGCGGAGGUUCAAAGUUGAUUUCCCAAUUCAGGAUUAUCAUGUAAAGUUGCCUGGCGAACCUCGAGGUGAAGAACAUGGUACCGCAUUUGUGGAUGGUAGAGCUACGAAUGGUGCUGUUCUCUAUGCUGAGGAUAAGCCUAUUCUGAGAGUCUACAACUCUCCUUCACAGAAAGUCGACCGACUUUCACAUCCCCAAGUUGUGAGCUAUUCGAAUGCUGUAUUUCCGAGGCAAGCUACUUCCGAACUCAGAACAAGCCUUCCUCAAGACGUUCGUUACACGAACCCAAUAUUUCCGAGACCAGAUACCUCUGAGUCUACAGCAAACCUCUCGAACGAGACUCGUGUCUCGAAUUCUGUCCCUGCACCAGAAGUCAUUUCGAAGCUGGUUGCAGGGACCUCUGGGAAGGAAAAGGCGGAAACAAAGAAACUCAAAUACGUCAAGUCAAGCAUUGUGAAUAUGAAAAAGGGAGACCGAGAAGUCGAAUUGAAAACUGGCAAGGUUUUGAUCCCGGCAGAGCAUUGGAAGAAAGCAAGUGUGAAUAACAAGCAAUUUUGGGUUUGCGAGAAGUAUUUGCUGUACACUGACCUUUGACCCCAAUAAAUGUGGCUAUUGUGGCCACUCCGUACGGAGUACGGAUAUCUAGG